CGCGAGAAAGGUUGUGAGGGAGGUUACAGUGGGAACAUAACGAAAAGCGCGCGAAUAAUAUCAUCGCGAAUACAGUGACUAUAGAAAUUAAAAAAAUAAAACUAAACAUUUUGGUAUCAGUUUAUUGUUUAUAGUUUUUUUUUUGGUUUGCGCGCGAAAUAAAAUAAGUGGUGUGUUGUGACAAAUUGUGUAACGAAAUUUUAAAUUCUGAAGCAUGAUUAAGAACAAACAAAUGCGAUAACGCAUGUCUGGAGACUUCACUACUAAUUUGAAAGAUACGCUUCAUAAAAUGGACUUAAAAUAAUUAGAAGAAAACAAGAAUCAACAGUAUAUUUCAUUAAUUUUUGAUGUAGAAGAAUAUUGAAACGCUUAUAUUGGAAAACAUGGACGAGACCAUUAAAAGUUGCAGCAGAUUUCGAAGACGGCAGGACGAUAUGCUUAAAUCUAGCUUUAUAUUCCUGCUCGUUACACUGGCCUGUGUAAAUUCGCAACACAUAACAGCUUGCUGUGACAAAGCCGAGGGGACGUGUCGCAGCGUAUGUGAGAAGAUGUCUCUUGUAGACAUUGCAUCAAAUUCAUCAACGUUCGAACAAUGGGUACCGAACAUCUAUAGAUUUUGUACGCCACGAUUAAUUGAAUUUUGGAUAUGUAUGAAUAAAACGAUUCAAGAAGUGGUGUCUGGUUCUGGCUGGUGGGGUCGAGCGUGUUGUUCCCUCGGUAGAAUGACGUCCUGCCGGCAUGCAUGCGCCAUGGCAUCCAACGAGAGCGCUCUGAUAGGCGCCGGCGCAUGUCGUCGAUCCGAUGAGAUCGCCUUCUUCGACUGCGUACAACGGCAGCAGGAGGCACAGCAUUGUUGUUCGCAGACCCAAUCCAUGAGUUGUCACGAGGAGUGCCAGAAAGCAUUGUGGCGUCUCGGCCAGUCGCGGGUUGAUUUGCAGGCCAGGAGUACAGCGCUGCAGUCGUGUGAAGAGUCUCCUGACUUAAUGAGGUGUCUCAGAGAUCUCACUGAUUCCGUCGUUUCUACUGAUACAGCUAAAUAUCUUCCUUGCUGUCGCGAAUCAAACAAACAAGAAUGUCAGCCGACGUGCGAGCGAGUGCUGCGGACCAAAAGUGUUCUGCAAGAAAUGGUUGAAGCUCUAGAAGUGGAUUGUGGAGCUCCUUUGAUUCUCGACGGGUUUUGGCAAUGUUUCCUCAAGAUAGAUGCUCCACCCGAACCAAAGGAUCUGAUUCCUCAUGAUAUUGCUAAACUGCAUUGUUGUCAAAAGGCAGUGACAAUAAACUGUCGGCGACUAUGUUUCGAGACGUUCAACACUGGCUGGCAAACUAACUGGCAGAAGUUCUACUCUGAUUGUUUGGGAGAUCCCCAGGAGAUCACUCUCUCCGAGUGUAUGGACGAUGUGGACGCGCCAUGUUCCCUGGGUUGCGCAGGGCUUACAUACUGCAGUCAGCUGAACAGUCGACCGACUACGUUGUUCCGGUCCUGCAGUGCGCAGGCAGACCUCGAGGCCCAUCUUGCAGUCGCCGAGCAGAAGGGAAGUGGAGUUCUGAUGGUAUCGGGCAUGGAACUGCCUCUCAGAAAUUCUACUCAAUGUCCUAUUGAUAUUUGGAAGAGCGUCGCCUGCGCUUUGCACGUCAAACCAUGUACGGCCAAGGGCCACAGUAGCCUGCUAUGCGCGGAGGAGUGCGGUCGCCUGGUGUCGUCGUGCGUGGAGUGGGCGCGGGUCCCCGGCACGCUGACGGCGCGCGCCCUCUGUGCGCGCCUCACCCCCGCCGACCCCAGCGCGCCCUGCGUGCCUCUGCACCAGUUCAUGUCGCCUAGUACGGAGGCUCCCCUACUAUCGGCUAAGGAAGUAGUAACGUCACCGUGUGCAGGGUCCCCCUGCAGCGCUCCACAGACGUGUGUCAUCAACAGGAACUGUUUGCACGGCGGCACCUGUCCGCGCUACUUCUGUGUUGAUGGCUGCCCACUUGGAGACAGUUCUUCCCAAAUAGUACCAGUAGGUUCAUGGGUGCGGGUUCCAAUGCCGUCCUCCCUCCACAAGGCGUGUUUCAAGAUCUGUCGAUGUGGCCAUAAAGGACUGACGGAAUGCCAGCCUUUGCCUUGCGUUGAAAUGGAAAACUGUCAGCUGCACGACAGAGAAGUGAAGCAAGGCGAGAAGUACUACAUGGAGUGCAACGCGUGCGCGUGCCGCGGCGGGGAGCGGGUGUGCGCGCGGCGUGCGUGCGGGCGCGGCGCCGCGCUGCCGUGCUACUGCCCGCCGCACCACCUGCCCGUGCGGGCGCGACAUGCGCCGUACCCCAACGCCUGCCUCGCCAAAUGCGCAGGAGCGUCGGACGGCGAGAUAGAGUUUGGCACGAGUUCCCCGUGCGCCAGCGCAACGUGUGGGCGGCGCCAUGUUUGUAUGCCGGCGCCCAACGUGUGUCUAUCGCGGCUACAGACUUCUUGCCCACAGUACCACUGCGUAAGCACAGUGAACUGUAACGCCCAGCCGGGGCAGCCAGUAUGCGACACGGACGGUCGCACGCACAGUAACCCGUGCCAUCUCGUCAUGAGUGGGAGGAAGUUUGCGUACUGGGGACCUUGUCUGCAGGGAUGCUCGCCUGCCGGCCCAGUUUGCGGUGUGAACGGAGUAUCUUACAUAUCAGAGUGCGCCGCUUGGGCUGAGUACGUGAGCGUGGACUACGCGGGGCCCUGUCUCGCUGUAGGACCGAUAUCCGACCUUAUGGAACCAAAGUGUGCCCUAAUCGAUAGGAUCAUCUGUCCGCCACUGAAGAAACCAAACUGCCUCGGGUUCACUGCUCCAGGUGCUUGCUGCCCUAAAUGUGGAGGAGCUCUCAGGAUCCUAUACUCAAAGAAACAAAUCGACAGAGCGUUAUACGGCACCAACAUUUCAGCUUCUGUUAUUAAUCUAAACAACAUUAUGAGAGCUCUAGAGAGACAUGUGAAGAUAGCCGAGUGUGCUCUCAGAGGGUACUUAACCAUAGAAAUGGAAAUAUUCGUGACGGUUGAAACUAUGUUGGAGAACCCAACAGAUUUACAACUCAACGUGUGUAUUCUUGAAGCGGAGAAGAUAGCAGACAUGAUCAAUAGAGAAAGUGUUUUAAUUACAAGUGAUUUAGGUCUAAGUUCGUUAUCAUACGCGUUGACUGUUCACACGUAUCCCACUCAAGGUGCAAAUACUAUAAGUUUGUCCAUAGGUGCUUUAUUAGCGUGUUUAAGUGUUUACGUGUUAAGGUAAGACCAUAAUAUAUUAUCAUUGGAAUUGUAUAUUUGUACAGUAGUUGUAAAUAUUGUAUGUAUAAUUACUAUAGUGCCAUCGUUAGAAACGUAUACAAAGAAUUUAGAGAUUAUGCUUUGGUUUGCUUUAAAAUCGGGCACAAAUUGUUUAGUCAUGUUAGUAACGUGAGUUCAUUGUGCCAUUUAGACUGUAGGUGUAAUGACAAUGUCUUUAACUUCGCACUAGCAGUGCGCAAUAGACUGCAAAUAGCAUUUUAUAACAUUUUUACACAAAAGACAUUUAUUAUAAAAUACUCG